CGCCUCUGUCUCUCACAGCGCUGCCUCAGAUGAGAACAGGGCUGCGCUGCUUCCUCAAGCCGACCGCCGCGUUUCUGCUGCUUUCUUUCCUCGUUUUCUCCUCAGAAACCUUGGAGUUUUCACAGAACCCGAGCGAGCAGACGCAGAAAUCGGAGACGUGAAAGGCGGGUGCUGUGGACUGCCUCUCUGCCUCUUUGCCUCACUCUCUCUGUUUCUCUGAAAGCUGCUUAUGGCGUCGUCUCUUCUCAGCCGUCAGCUGACGCUCUCCGUGCAGCACAGCCUGCGUCUCGCAGCUCCAGGCUGCAGGUAUGUCAGUAAAACGGCCGCUCAGCCCGUGUCCGAGUUCGAGUAUGACGCUCCCUCCAUGAAGACUCCUGUUCCAGGACCCAAAUCAAAGGAGCUGACGAGACAGCUGGGAGAUAUUCAGAAUGUUGGCGCAGUUAAUUUCUUCUGCAACUACGAGGAGAGCCGGGGGAAUUACCUGGUGGAUGCUGAUGGAAAUCGAAUGCUGGAUCUGUACACACAGAUCUCCUCUGUGCCCAUCGGUUACAACCAUCCAGCUCUGAUGAAGGCCAUCACCAAUCCCAACAAUCUGACUGCAUUUGUCAAUCGGCCAGCCCUUGGGAUUCUGCCACCGGAAAACUUUCCAGAAAAGCUGAUUGAGAGUCUGCUGUCGGUUGCUCCCGCUGGAAUGACCCGAGUGCAGACCAUGGCCUGCGGCUCCUGCUCCAACGAGAACGCCUUCAAGGCCAUGUUCAUCUGGUACAAAAUCAAAGAAAGAGGCGCCAGCGGCCCCUCAGCUGAGGAAAUGAGCUCCUGCAUGAUUAACCAGGGUCCCGGCUGUCCAGAUCUGAGCAUCCUGUCCUUUAUGGGGGGCUUCCACGGCAGAACUAUGGGUUGCUUGGCGACGACACACUCCAAAGUCAUCCAUAAACUGGACAUCCCCUCGUUCGACUGGCCCAUCGCCCCCUUCCCUAAGCUACAGUAUCCCCUGGAGCAGUUUGUCCGAGAGAACGCUCAGGAGGAGGCGCGGUGCUUGGAGGAGGUGGAGGAUCUGAUCGUGAAGUGGAGGCAGAAGGGAAAGCCAGUGGCCGGCAUCAUCGUUGAGCCCAUCCAGGCCGAGGGAGGAGACAACCACGCCUCACACGACUUCUUCAUCAAACUGCGAAACAUCGCCCGCAAGCAUGGAUGUGCCUUCCACGUGGAUGAAGUCCAGACGGGUGGUGGAACCACAGGGAAGUUCUGGGCCCACGAGCACUGGGGCACGGGCGACCCCGCUGACAUCGUCUCCUUCAGCAAGAAAAUGCUCACGGGAGGAUACUACUUCAAAGACGAGCUGCAGCCUGACAAGGGCUACAGAAUCUUCAACACAUGGAUGGGAGACCCCUCUAAGAACGUGUUCCUGUCCGAGGUACUGAACGUUAUCAGGAGAGAGAACCUUCUGGAAGAGGUGACUCGCUCAGGCAAGGCUCUGCUGCAGGGACUCUAUGAACUGCAGGCUCAGUACCCACACCUCCUCAGUCGAGCCCGAGGCCUGGGCACCUUCUGUGCCAUCGAUGCUCGUGAUGAUGUGACCCGUGACAACCUCAUACUCAAAACCAGGGACAAGGGUGUUCUCCUGGGCGGCUGUGGAGAAAUGUCCAUCCGUUUCCGUCCUUCUCUGGUCUUCAAAGAGUACCACGCUCACCAGUUCCUCAACAUCUUCAACGACGUGCUGGCUGAGUACAAGUAGAGUCCUGAAGUUGCAGCCAGCUCCUGCCAUAGAACAAGCACAAGGGUCCAGGCCCAAACAAGAGGUUCUUCUUUCUCAACACAUCACAGAGCAGUCCGUCACUCCUUCUUCUGCGUCGUCUUUCCUUUCUAACUUUCUGCCUUAUGUUUUUUUCACGAAUAGCUGUAGCACUAUCUUUCUCUGCAGUCACUUUAAAGCGCACAAUGAAACCGCAGCAUCACGGCUGUGAGUAAAUCCCUCAAUCGCUUCUUUCUCAUAAGCUGUAGGUGUGGAUCUUCUAAUCGCGGGGUGUUGCGUCAGUAAGACGACUGCGGCAGGUUUUCAGUGUCGGACGAACAAAUGCUUUCCACACCUUGUCCACCCAGUACAUCCUCCUCCCUCCCCCAGCACAGCGGGGCUGCUUAGAGAAGGUUUUUAAACCUGAUGUUGCUGCUAGCCGUCCUCCAACAGCUUCCUCAGAACACAAAGGCCGUCCAAGCUCAAGCUCCCAGUGGAACCUGAGCAGAUGAGUACACUCACUACCUGAAACCACAGAAAAACGCUCUCCUACCUCUCAGCAAGGAGAGGGAGAUUUAGCUAGGACCCAUCAUUUCUUCUAAAACCCCAGGGAGGUUCUAAUACUCUGAUGCUCCAGUGAAGGCACACAGAAGAGGAAGCAUGGAGGAAGUCCAUGUGGGAAAAGGUGCUUUUCUUAAACUGACUGAGGUGUGUAGAUCGGCAGGGAGGAACCAGAAUGGGUCGUACAGAACAUUUCCAAAUCCUGGUGAUGGAGCUCAACUGAGGGGGCGGUUUCAAAAAGCAGGAUUUCUCUCAAAGCCAGGUAACUUAAGCCAAAAGUGAGGAUGGUCCAUUAAGACUAGAUAAUUGUAGGUUCCAGUUUUACAGAUCAAUGAAUAUGUGUGGCACAAACAGCAAUAUGAAGCAUCUCUUACUCUGCUGCACAGACUGAACUCAGGGCUUAUAAAGGGAGUUCUUGUGCUCAGUAAACAAAACAUUAUGAAUAGUAUGUUAAAAAAAAAAUACUGUACUGCCUGUUCAACCUGCAGCACUUUAGCCACCACCAUUUAUGCUGAAGUUGAACUGCAGUGACCAGGA